AUGCAAGCCACUCUGGAUGCAACCGCACUCAAACAUCUCACCAGAGCUCUGAUAUGUCUGUCGAAGUAUGGUGAUGACCUGACUAUCUAUGCGACUCCGCAGACCUUGGCGCUCUCGGCCACAAAUUCAUCCAUGUCCGCUUACUGUCGAUUCAAAUACGACAAGCAGUUCUUCAGCAAGUAUAACGUGGGAAACACUGCAGCCGCAGGGUCGUCUAGAACUGAAGUAGAAGAGGUCCCUACAGCUACCGGUCAGUUACUCACCAAGUCGUUGCUGUCGAUCUUGAAACAUAGGACUGUUGAGAAGACUGUAGAGAAAUGCGAGCUAGCUAUCCUUGAUGGUGUUCAGGACGGACGGAAUGACGAAAAUGAGGACACACUGGAGAGCAGACUGAUUGUGCGUUUACACUGUAAACAUGGUGUCAUAAAGACCCAUCGCCUGUUGCUUUUGGCCCAGACUUGUCUUAUGGCCCCCGGGAUGCUGGAUACACCGUGUCAAUCCCGGCUUACGAUCGGCCCGAGGGCUCUAAAGGACAUGAUAGAACACUUUCCAUCUGCGAAAGGAAGCAAGAGCGACCCACAGCUCAUCUGGAACUUUGCGGACUCGGAGGUAUCGGUCAGAAGCCUUGAAACAUCGAUAGAUACGAAGGGGAGGGCACAGCUUGCGACAGAGCUGAUCAUCAGCGCAGACGAAUUUAACGUGUACGACAUUUAUACAUUGCCCACUACAAUUGCCUUCCAUCUUCGUGAAUUCAAUGCUACCAUCGCCUUCGCCGAAUCAUCAGCUCACCCUCUUGACAUUCGCUUCACUGAUCCUGCGGCUCCCCUAUAUAUCGACGUCGAAGGCGACCUUUCUGAGACACUGUUCGUGAUUUCAACAAGUCAAAUACAUGGCGUUCCAAGUUCGAUUGCUGGCCAGGCUCGUCAGAGAAACAUUACUUCCGUCGGCCCCCAAACGAGAGGCAAGAAGCGCCAGCUGGAGGAUGACAGCAAUGCUAGCAGAGCAAAUUCUGGAAUGAGCGCUGGACAGGAGCGUGUUUCGUGGCCGAUGAAGGUGGUGCAAGCAACAGACAGAGCCUCCCUCGCGAGGGAACUGAGCGACAACAAUGCGAGAGGCACCUCAAGAUCAUUGGCAGGGUCCAUGCCCCCUCCGUCCCUACCACUUGCGACGCCUUCACAGAAUGCGCCACCUACUCCACGGCCGCGCGAGCCACUUUUUUUCCCUAGCUCCCAGCUCUCUCAGGCCGCUCAAGAUGCAAUUAGAGAAUCUGGUCUGGGUAUCGAGAAUAUGACCGCAGAGGAGUUCGAGGCGAUGCUCGAAGGGGACGGGGAAGAGGUAGGCUUAGACCCGGACGAAGAACUCGGAAAUCUCUUCCACGACGUGCCAUCCGAUGCAGGUCAAGACAGCCUCGACAUAUAUGAUGUGGAAAUGGAGCCGACACAGAGCGACGAAGGAACCAAGGCAUUCAAACCGCUGUUUGAGGAUUGA